AUGGAGGCCACUGACCCCCAAGGAGGUCCGCAACUGAAACUUUUCUCGGGAUGUGAUAUUUUCCAAGGAAAGUGGGUUUAUGAUGCAUCAUAUCCUCUCUAUAAUGCAGCAAAAUGCUCCUUCAUAGAGAAGGAAUUCGAUUGCCUAAAGAAUGGUCGUCCAGACAAAUACUAUCUUAAAUAUCGAUGGCAGCCCACUGGUUGCAGCUUAACAAGGUUCAACGGUCAAGAUUUCUUGCAAAGAUUUAGAGGAAAGAGCAUCAUGUUUGUUGGGGACUCACUGAGCUUGAAUCAAUGGCAGUCACUCACUUGUAUGCUUCAUACAGCCAACCCACAAACCCCAUAUAAACUGUUCAGGAUAGGAGGGCUAUCCACAUUCAUAUUCCCUCAACAAAAGCUGGGCGAGUUCUUAAACUUGACUCUAUUGAAAGUGGGGAAAAUAUGGAAGGGAAUUGACUUCUUGAUCUUCAACACAUGGCAUUGGUGGCUUCAUAUUGGAAGGAAGCAACCUUGGGAUCUAAUUCAAGAAGGAAACCGCCUGUAUAAAGACAUGGAUCGGUUGGUUGCGUAUAAGAAGGGGCUCAACACUUGGGCUAGAUGGAUUGACACCAAUUUGGACCCCAAAAAAACAAGAGUCUUCUUCCAGGGUGUUUCCCCAGAUCAUAAUAAUGGAGGUGAUUUUGGGGAGCCAACUGCAAAACAUUGCGAGGGACAAAUGCGACCAGCGGUUGGGCAUCAGUAUCCAGCAGGUUCACAUCCAGCAGAGCUUGUAGUAGAAAGAGUGCUGCAUUCUAUGUCAAAGCCAGCUUAUUUGCUCAACGUCACAACCCUUUCACAACUAAGAAAGGAUGGCCAUCCGUCUGUGUAUGGUCACGGCGGUCACAGGGACAUGGACUGCAGCCACUGGUGUCUGGCCGGUGUUCCUGAUACUUGGAAUCAACUUCUAUAUGCAGCUCUCAUACAAAGAAAAACCAACUAA